AUGAUUCGACAUUCAGUUGAACAAACUGAAGCGAUUAAUAAUUCUAUGCUUUCAAAUAGUUCAUCAGAUCAUACUCAUGAUGUUACAGAACAAAUACUUUUUUGUCAAAAUGGAAUUGAUAAUUUAAAUAUUUCAUCAAAGAACAAUAAUUCAACAGUUAAUAAAACAUCUACUGAGGAAGUUAGUUCUGAAGAUGAAGUAUUAAUGGUUGAUAUUGAUUCUAAUGGAUAUAAAUAUGAGAGUUCUUUAUUUGAACUUAAUGUUGUUCAACAAUGUUGUAUUAUAUCAAUUAUAUCUCCAUAUGCAUUUACAAUUCAAUUAACACGAAAUAUAGUUGAAUGUGAUGAAUUUUUUAAAACUAUGAAUGAUUAUUAUAAUUCAAUUGAUGAUCUUCAAAUACCUCAAGAAUAUUUACGUAAAAAUUUACUUUGUGUUACAUAUGAUGAAACAAUAUCUGCAUGGAAUCGUUCUCAAAUAAUGGAAUAUGAUUUAAAUGAAGAUACAGUUAAUGUAUUUUUUGUUGAUCUUAAUUCUUGGGAAGAAAAUGUUUCACGUUCACGUAUACGUUUUAUAUUAACAAAAUAUUCUUCUCGACCUGUUUAUUUAUUAACAUGUCGUCUAGCAUCAAUUGCACCAUUAAAUCAUACUUAUCAAUGGGAUGAUGUAGUAUCAAAAACUUUUGAAAAUGUUAUUGAAAAUUGUCAAUGUGAUGUUGAACCAUUAUGUAAAAGAUGUGAUAAUACAUUUUAUGUGAAUUUAUUUGCAUUACAUGAUGAAGCCUAUGUUUGUAUUAAUGAUUUUUUAAUACAUUGUAAAAUGGCUCGACCAAAUGAUGAUGAUAUCAAUGAAGAAAAUACUAUUUGUAUGCUAGAUGAUAAUGGACAACCAAUGCAUUCAAUGAUAGCACUUUAUUGGAAAGCUGGAGAAACAACAUCUGAAACAAAAACUUCUAUUAAAAAUCAAGAAGAUGAUCAUCAAUCUACUAUAUCUAAUGAAUCUUUUCAAAUAAAAUAUUCACCAUUAACAAAACUUGUUAUAAUUAAUGAAACAGAGAAAUUAAUAUUUGCAAGAUAUAAAUCUUAUAUAAUGAUACCAUGGUUUUCUAUAUCAUAUAUUUUAAAUGAAUUUGACGAAGAGAAAAUCAAAGCUCUUGCAAAUAAAUAUGGUUUUAAACCAAUUCUUAUUGAUCCUCUUUCACAUCCAAUACUUUGUUCACAGCUAUUAAAAUUAGCAUCACCAAUGUCAAUAUCAACUCAGAUUAGUUUAUAUUCAAUUGAUUGUAUUAGAAAAAUCUUUCAAAUUUAUCAUUAUACGCAAAUGGAAAUUUUUCAUUUAUUAGAUAGAGCACGUUUCGCUGAAGCAAAUGAUGAUAUUUUUUUUUGGAAUAAAUCCUUUGAAGUAAAAAGAUAUAUAACAUUUCUUAUAUAA